AUGUUCAGACGAUCGUCUUAUCAAGUUUCUCAAUCUGGUGGGGAGAAAUCUACUUGUCAUACGACUGAUUCUAUCCCUGAUACGAAGCCCGCUGGGUCUGCCAAUACCUCAGGAAAUAGAUACAUGAUGAAACUGGAAGUAACCAAGUUGACUUCUACUGUCAAACCUCGAAUUGCUACUCAUCCUAUUCACCCCAAUAAUCGACAAACUACAGAGGGUGGAACAUUCAUACGGAAAGGGGAUACAUUCGAUUGGAUCUUUUGGCCUAGUGACAGGGAGAAGGACAAAGAUAAUAAUGCAAGUAAAGAACUCAGUACACCUGAUGAGAACGCUUCUUCAUCCUCCUCAUCUACUCGAGCAAUCCCCACGAUCAGGGGAACAGCUACAUGUGUACCUACUUACAUCGCCUUACCCGAGGGGUCUCAACCUGAAGCUCAAAAGAAAGAGGAAAAGAACAAGGAGGUUGAAUUGGGAUAUUUUGGGAGACUCUUUUCUCCUCGAUUGGCACCUAGUCAAGUACAAACUCCCUCUAUCCCAUUCAAAAACCCAGAGGCUGAGUUGUAG